ACAACCGAGAAGCAGCAACAGUGGUGAGGUGAGACGCCCCGACGACUCCAUCAAAAGGCGAGCGAGCGAGGCCCCCAAGCCAACACCGCACAAAGAGAACUUGUUCCGCAGCAACUCUCUCCUCUAGCUAGAACACCACCACAGCAUCCAUCCCCCCUUUCCCCUCCUCCGCCGCGGAUUCCCUCCUGCUCUCCUCCCGAGCUCGGCAAUGGCAAACGCAUCAUCAGGAGCUGGAGUGCAUGAUGACUGCAACCUGAGGUUCGUCGAGCUGAAGUCCAAGAGGCUGCAUCGUUUCAUAACUUACAAGCUGGAAAACCAGAAAGAGAUCGUUGUGGAGAAUAUUGGGGAGCGCACAGCAACCUAUGAGGAUUUCGUAAGCAAGCUGCCUGAAAAUGACUGCCGAUUUGCGGUCUAUGACUUCGAUUUCUUUACUGCAGAGGAUGUUCCCAAGAGCAGGAUCUUUUAUAUCUUCUGGUCCCCUGACACCGCAAAGGUGAGGAGCAAGAUGUUGUACGCUAGCUCCAACGAGAAAUUCAAGAGGAUGCUGGACGGCAUUCAGGUGGAAAUGCAGGCCACUGAUCCCAGCGAGAUCUCUAUCGAUGAGAUCAAGGAUCGAGCACGCUAGGCGUCACCCUGCCAUGCGAUGCCUUGCAAUAUGGAUUUAUGUCAUUAUAGAUUUGGCGGUGUGACUCUGAAACUGCUUGAUGAUUUGUCGGUUUGUUGCCUGUGUCGAAAGAUCUCCUUGUCUUCCAGGAGACCAUGAAGAUUUGGUUCUGUCAUGUAAUCUGUCCUCUGCCCAUUAUAUACUGGGCAUAUGCUGCACUGUUCAAGUUACGAUAUAAAUAAUUUCAUGUUCUGUUGGUUUCAUCUAA